UGAGCAAGCAAAGCAUAUACAGCUAGCAAACAACCUUAGAAGUAGAAACUGAAAGUAAAUCUGAAAAUCACGAUAGGAAGCAAAAUGGAAACAUUGAAACUGAUGAGUUACCGUGUCGACUAUGUCACUAGAGAAGCACAAAAUAAUACAGGCUUUGCAGACUUGAAGAACUAUGGGCAAAAACUCAAUGAAAAACCAGGAUAUGGGCCAAAAGUUAGCGAAAUCACAAAUUAUGGAAAUAAAGUAAACGAUAUAACAAACUAUAGCACAAAUACAUAUGCAGAAAAGUCUGCCAACCAGCUCCCAUACAACAUACCAACUGCCUAUAAUGGACUUCUAGCGAUACAAGACUCAAUGGCAUCAAAGAUGUCAUCACCAGUACAUAACCAAUCAGAUCACAGUCGACAACAAGAUGGCUGCAAAAUGUUACAGACUUCACCUGAUAUGCGAGAAUCAACCUCCAAGAGUUGCACGCCAUCGCCACCAAUUGGAAGUCAUACAUCAUCACCGAUGGGAAGUCUCGCGUCAUCACCAACAUCAUCCUUUGAGCAAAUUAGCAAUCCAAGCAGUCCAGAAACAGUUAUCAGUGACAUUGAUGAAGUGCUCAAAUCCCUUGAGAACACAGCUAAAGGUGGCGCCUCUAAAGCUGACAAGCCUCAUCAUUCGUAUAUCGCACUUAUUGCAACUGCGAUUCUCAGCAAACCAGAAAAGCGUAUGAUCUUGGGUGACAUCUAUCAAUAUAUUCAAGAUAAUUUCGAAUAUUACAAUAAUGAGGAACGAGCAUGGAGAAACAGUAUCCGACACAACCUAUCUCUGAAUGAAUGCUUUAUCAAAGCAGGACGUGCUGAUAGCGGGAAAGGCAACUAUUGGUCAAUCCACCCUGCAUGCAUCGAGGACUUUUCUAAGGGGGAUUAUAGGAGACGUAAUGCCAGACGUCGUGCUAAGCGUGGUUCGAGGGGUCUUCAAGCACAGCAACCAAACACUCCCUACCCUUACCGUCAGUAUGUACCCAUGUCUUCCAAUGCACUCAACUACCCUCCACCAAUGCCCUUUCCUUACCCGCAAAUGACCCCACAGAUUCCCCCUGUCUCUCAGAUACCCUCCCAACCUCAUUUACAAUCAUCCACGAUCAGUUACAUGGGCAAAUACCAACAGCCAAUGACGACAACUUAUGCCCCACAUGUCAGCAUACCAGAUCCUUUAACUACAACUUACAGUUCACAACCAAGAGCCACCAUCAGUUAUGAACCUCAAACAUCAAUGACAAGUAUGGACCUCUAUAGACCACCUUAUAAUUACCCAUCAAGCAACAGCAGUUACCAUAGCAACACAUCUACAAUAAACUACCCUGCAAUCACCCAAGGUUAUCCUGGCAUGUAA